AUGUCAAAUUCUUCUCGGGACCCCUCCCCAAACUCUGCUUCCGCUGGCGGACGGCAUUUCUCAAUGUCCACCGACCAGUUUACUGUUGAUAUGCCAUCACCUCGCCUGCAACUUCUCACCAACGGGCACGGGAACGGGAAUGGAACCCCAAACUCUCCUCUCAAGUCGCCAACUGCUCGUCGCCUUGCCAAUAGCUUUUCUCGGGAAAGCUUGCUCGGCUCGGCUCCAAAAGCCAGGAAUUUAUCGCAGUCUUCCGAAACCAGAGAAUACAUGCCCAACGGAAACCAGAGCCAGAACCGGCAAGCUGUUAGUGAUGAUGGAAUUAAUCCACUAAAGAGGAGAAGUACUGAUGCUGGCAUCGACUACCCACGAAGGAGAGCAACAAUAGCUGCAAUGCGAGAUCUGUCGGUCUCGGAAGUCACGAUGUGA